CUCUCACUCAUCAACUCAUCGAACUGACUUAUAACCAUUUAUUUCCCCUCAAUUUAUCAUCAAAUCCUCUCUUAUUCUUCCUAUCACAGUCAAAACUCACCAGACUUUUCACAGGGGCUUAUGAAAAUGUCAAUCUGAAAGUACCAUCAAACCCGUCUCAUCCAAUAUCCUACCCAGAUCAUCACAAUGCUGCCACUACGCAGCAUCCCAGGAACUUUGUUCCGCAUCAGACCAUCAAUACACCAAACCUCCCGCCAAACCCGCUUCUUCUCCGCCCUCGCCGCCUCACCAACCUCAAAGACCCAAGUCUAUACUUCAAACUCCCGCGACCCUUACGUGAACCUCUCCAUCGAACACCACCUCCUCCAAACGACCCCAUCUGACUCGACCGUCCUCUUUCUGUACACAAACCGCCCCAGCAUCGUCAUCGGCCGCAACCAGAACCCGUGGCUCGAGGUCAACCUUCCCCUCCUCAGGUCUCUUACCCCGUCUGAUGCCAUCGACCUCGUCCGCCGCCGCAGCGGAGGCGGAACGGUCUUCCACGAUGAGGGCAAUGUAAACUACUCCGUCAUCUGCCCGCCCGCAAACUUUGACCGCGACACCCAUGCAGAGAUGGUCGUCCGCGCCCUCCGCUCCCUCGGCGUCAAGGGCGCCGCCGUCAACUGCCGCCAUGACAUUGUCAUGACUCUCCCCCCUCCGCCUUCCUCUUCAGGAACCUCCGACAAAGCACCGGAUACCACCGCUUCCGUAGAAGCGGCAUCAUGCAGCAAGCCAAAGGUGAACGCGGAAAACACGUUCAAGAUCUCCGGCUCGGCGUACAAGCUCACCCGUCUCCGCUCCCUGCACCACGGAACGUGUCUCCUCUCGUCCCCGAACCUGCCGCGCAUCGGCAGCUUCCUGCGGUCUCCCGCGGAACCCUUCAUCAAGGCCCGCGGCGUCGAGAGCGUGCGCUCGCGCAUCCGCAACGUGGGAAUCACCGACACAUCGACGUUCGAGGAUGCGGUGAUUGGCGAAUUUGGAAAGAUGUACGGUGACUUCACUGUCCGGGCAGAACUGGGCGAGAAGGAUGCGCUCGGAGAGGAUAAGGUUAAGAAGGGACUCACGGAAUUACGGUCUCGGGAAUGGACGUAUGGCCAGACCCCUCUAUUCACCUUCUCUACACACCCCUCUGAAGAAGACACGCGGGAACGUCCUCAGCUCCCGGGCAACUUCAACCUCACAUUUGAAGCCCGCCACGGCCUCGUCCAAAGCUUCUCCCUAUCCGGGCCUUCCUCUAGUCAAGGGUCGGCCAAGCUCUCGAAGUCCAUGAUCAACACCCAGAUCUGGGAGGUCGCAGACUGGGAAGAGCGUCUCCGCGCGGAGGGUGUAGACCACAGCGAAGCGUCGACCGUGGGAGAUUGGCUAAACUCUGUGCUGGCAAAUGGAAAGUAAAUCAAUCUCAAGUGCGGAUUGAUUUCUAUUCCCAAAAAAAACUUAUUCCUGUACAAUAAAGAAGUUGUGAAGCUGGGCAGGGCAGUGUACCAUGCUACAUCCAAAACGACGAGCCUACUGCAGCAUAUCGUGCCUAGCAAGCCGUAAUUAUCAGCAUCUCUCAUCACUUUUGUUCAUCUCUAGAUCAUUGUAAAUGUCUUUUUCUAACAAUCUCC